ACACUCUACCUAGCCUUCCUAAAGAGAUCAGAGAAGAGAGAACCGGUUCGUCGUUGGUGGUUCGCCUGCUGCGUCCGCGUCUCUUCUGUUUCCGACGCAGCUGGCUGUUCUGCUCGUGCAUUUGAGUCCCGCCGUCACCGCUGGUGGUUCGCCGCAUCUGUUCGCGCUUCGGCCUCUCCUCGCCUCUGGUCGCAGCUUUUCUCCUUUGCUCGCCGCUUCUGUUUCUCUUGCUUCGCUUUUGCGCCUCUGCUCAUCUCUGGGGUUUUAACUUUUUAGGGUUUAACUUGGCUUUACCAGAAGUGGCACUAGCUGUAAGCUGCACUUCCAUAAUCGCCAAUCAGCGCUUUGAGUUCUGAAAGGCGGAGAUGAAGGUGAAAAAGCAGAGGAGGCACAGGAAGGUUCUAAGAUUCUUCACUACUUGCUUUGGUUUGAGGAAGCCAUUCAAGGUUCUCUGCGAUGGCACCUUCAUUAACCAUCUCAUUGUUAAUCGCAUAACCCCUGCCGACGAUGCCCUUGCCAAUAUCCUCACUGCUCCCGUUAAGCUUUAUACAACGAGAUGUGUUUUAGCCGAGUUGAAACGACUUGGUAGCUCAUAUUCUGAGGCUCUUGAGGCAGCUCAACAACUCAUAAUAGCAAGAUGUGAGCAUGAAAAAUGUACUGGGGCAGAAGCCUGCGUCAUACAGGUCAUUGGAGAAAAUAAUUCCGAGCACUUUUUUGUUGCUAGUCAAGACACUGACCUGCGGAAAAAAUUGCGAGAGGUUCCUGGUGUGCCUCUCAUAUAUGGUCUCAGAAACACACUUUUCCUUGAACCUAUAUCUGCAUUUCAGUUGCAAUAUGUUAAAACUGCUGGAGAAAAACGAUUGCAUAUGGACGAUAGAGAGUACCAGAUAUUUAGGAGUAAGGUAAUGAAUAGAUUAUCUGGUGAGGAAGCAGACGAAAUAAUGGAAAACAAGGAUUCAAGAGAUGAAACUAUAAAAGUAGAGGCAUUAAAAAGGAGCAGCACCGCAAGGAAUCCAAUGGAAAUCAAGGAUAAACCUCAGUUCAAGAGAAAAAGAGCAAAGGGACCAAACCCACUUUCUUGCAAGAAGAAAAAAGGUCGUGAAUGCCAAAAUGUUGGUACUUCAAAGGAAACGAAACAAGGAGACAGAUCAGAAAAUGCAGUGAAGAGAAGUAGGAAAAGGAAGAGGUCACAAAAACGGCAAACAGCAACAGAAACCUAGGUUGAUAAUUUUUAUAUAAUUAUUAUUAAAUACGUGUUUAAAGUUUUUGCGCUUAAGAUGAGUGGAGAGAAGUAAAUCUUGAUCGUUGUUAGCAUGGCAGGGCAAAGUACAUACAUACAUUAGUUCUAUGUUAUUUUUUUUUAUACUGUUACUAUUUAUCAUUGAAAUAUUGAUGUUUUAGAAGCUUUGUUCAA